AUGGUGGAAACCUCUCGUACCCUACCGCUACCGCGGAUCGGCACCCCGGCGAUCCAAUCUAGUCGUCAUUGCCCGGACCAAUCCUAUGACAUUGAGACCCUCCGCACACUUAGCGAUCGAGGCCAAUUGACGGCGCGUUGUGACUUUGACGGCAAGAGUCUUUGGACAGCCGAGUUAGAAGAAAAGCUGGUAUCUGGUGAAUUAGAUGUCAUCAUAUGCCAACCACGCUUGACACCUGUGAGCUCGCGGCAAUUCCGCACGGGACGAUCCCCGGGACGCACUGAUCGUAAAGCACUUCCUCGGCUCGGCGUUCGGCCCAACUUCGCCGUCCCUACCCCCAUCUUCGCUUUAAUCUCCGCGAAUGUGGGGACUCGUCUGGCCAAAGUCGAUAACCCAGACAGCGGGUAUACGUGCAUGAUCAUGUCUGUCGCAGGUCUUGAGCGUGUGGGCCUCAAGUAUCGUAUCAACCAGUAA